AUGGAGACAUCCCACCCUCCAGAGCCAAUAUAUUUGAAAGAAGAUGUAGUAAGUCAAGAAUGCAUGACCCUACUGUCCAUUCUUCCUACUGAAAGUGGAUGGCUUCUAAAGACAUUAUACAAUUACCAAGGUUUUUGGCAGACUGCCAGGCAAUUGCAAGGAGCUCUUACAUGUCAAAAACAUUUUAAGGCUCAAGACACUGAUAUACUUCUUGUUACAACUCCCAAAUCAGGCACCACCUGGUUAAAAGCCAUCCUGUUCGCCUUAGUAAACCGUACUCAUUUUCCACAAACCCAACACGACCACCCAUUACUAUCAAACAACCCGCAUAUGCUUGUACCUUUCUUGGAGCUUAAGCUCUACAUCGAUGGUGAGAACCCGGAUCUUUCAUCCUUAGCAUCUCCAAGGCUCUUUGCCACUCAUUUACCAUAUGUAUCUUUACCAAAAUCCGUCCAGGAUUCAAAAUGUAAGCUUGUUUAUCUUUGUAGAAACCCUAAAGAUACUUUUAUAUCUUUGUGGGCUUUCACAAACAAGUUGAGGCUCCAAGAAAUGGGGACUAAUUCAAUUGAAGAAGUGUUUGAAAAGUUUUGUAAAGGAGUAAGCUUGUAUGGACCCUUUUGGGAUCACAUGUUAGGUUACUGGCAGGAAAGCUUAAAGAAUCCAGAAAAGAUUUAUUUUCUAACAUAUGAGGAGAUGAAAGAGAAACCAGAUCUUCAUUUGAGGAAACUAGCUGAAUUUUUAGGGUGCCCAUUUUCGUCCAAAGAGGAGGAAGGUAUGGUUGAUGCUAUUUUGGAUGUUUGUAGCUUUGAUACUCUUAGUAAUUUGAAGGUGAACAAGGAAGGAAAGCUUCCAUCAGGCGAGAGUAACAAUGCAUUUUUUCGAAAUGGUAAAGUUGGUGAUUGGAAAAACUAUCUGACAGUGGAAAUGGUAGAGCGUCUUGAGAAGAUUUGUGAAGAAAAGUUAUGUGGUUCGGGUUUAAGGUUUUAGUUACCUUUUGUGUGUGUUUUUUGGUUCCCUGCUAUUUGUUCAAAUACUUUGUGAGGAUGAUUCAAACACUUGAUUAUGUGAGAUGCAUGUGAUCUCUAAUGGCUAUGGAAGCUUUUGCAUGCAGGUGUUAUUGAUUGAGUUUCUAGUGUUCAAAAUAUGUGCCAACAUAAUUUGUAUAAUUCAUACAGUUGGGCAGCCCAUACAGUUGGGCUUAUAGUUCAUGUUAUUGGGCUCUGUUGUGGGCUUAUUGUUAUUAUUGUUAUGGUUGAUGGUGGUAUAUGUGUGAGGUGGUUAUUGUACACAGAAGAUAAUACAAGGGCUCAUCUGAAACUUUUGAAGGGCUAAAGUGUAGCAUGUUGUGAUGCAGGUAAGGAAUACAGAGAGUGAAGAGGUUCAAUUACGCAGAUCUUUUCUUGGGUUUUCUAUUCAUUUUCUCUGUAUUCGUUCAUUGUCUUGUUCAUCUCUGUGUUGAGAUCCGUGUUGUAUUAGAGAUCUUGUGAUCUCUCUGCUGGUAUUAUUGUAUCCUUUUUUGCUGAUCAUUCAACAGAUUGUCUUAAUCUGUUGAAUCUAAUAUUUGUAUCUUACAUAUCUCAAAUUAUUGAGAUCUAGGGUUUGGUUUGAGGUUUUUUUUUUUGGAUUGGAUAAGUAAUAAAAGUUUUAUCACCUGUUUUUAGUCGCUA